CGAUGGAUCCUCGUUCUAGUGCCCAGGACGUGCACCGAUGUGACCUUUGUGAGACCGCCAUAGUACACAGCUACUGUGACUUUUGUCAUGUCAACCUCUGCAAGCUUUGUAUAGCUGAUCACAUCUCAGAUGGAUAUGACAAACAUAAAAUAGUCCCUUUCCAGGAACGAAGAUCAACACUGAUUUACCCAAAAUGUGCGACACAUCCACACAAAAACUGUGACUGGCAGUGCAAGAAUUGCAAGGACAUAUUUGUUUGUUCCUCUUGUACUGCAUCAGAAAAACACAGAGGACAUAUAUUUAUAGAAGUUUCCGAAGUUUACAUGAGAACGAAAAAUGCUAUUGCAGAUGAAGCAAAUAAGUUAGAAAAUCUUAUUUCUCCUACAUAUGAAGAAAUUGCACUCGACUUGGAAAAUCAGCUUGCCAACCUGGAUGGAGGAUAUGAGACACUUACGACAGCAAUGUCCAAACAAGGAGAGCAAUGGCACAGAGAAAUUGACAUCGUUAUCAAUAAAAUGAAAACUGAAAUCAGUGAGAUCAAAGUAAAACACAGAGACCUUUUAAAGAAACACUUAGAUGAAAUCAAACAGACACAGGCUCUCAUAAAACAAACAUUAGUAGCCAUAGAAGAAAUCAAGAAAUCCACUGAAGUAUCUCCUACCAUUGAAUACAGCUCUAAGAUCAGAGAGUUCAGCAAGCUGCCACCCGAAGUGAAGGUUACACUGCCAACAUUCAUUCCAAAACCAUUAGACCAUGAAAAGUUGUAUAAUAUGUUUGGGCAGAUAACUCCUUUGUCUACUGCUACAGAACAGAAUGUCUUGUCAUUAAACCAACCAAACACUUCAGUGAGAGAACUACUGAAUGAACCGGAGCUUGUUGCCACAAUACAGACAGGGUAUGAAAACGUUUACAACGUUACCUAUCUAAAUGAAGAUUGUGCUUGGACAUUCGGAUCGACAAAAGAUAUCAAAUGCUUUAACAUUAAAGGUGAAUUGCUUCAUACAGUUAGCAACAAAUCAGAACAACCACCCAAUGAUAUAGCUGUAGACAGUGAUGGGAAUUUACUAAUCAGUGACUGGAAAUCAAGAACAGUGAAUAAAGUAAAUAAUGGACAGACAGAAGAGUUGAUCAGAUUACGGGGAUGGUGGCCUGGUAACCUGUGUGUCACCUCUAAUGGUGAUCUCCUGGUUAUCAUGGUCAGUGAUGCUAAAACUCAAUCUAAAGCUGUCCGUUACUUGGGAUCUACAGAGAAACAAACAAUUCAGUUUGAUGAUAAAGGUAAACCUCUGUACUCAGGGAAUGCUCACAUUAAAUACAUCAUUGAAAACAGAAACCAUGACAUCUGUGUAGCUGACUAUGAGGCUGGUGCAGUAGUGGUGGUUAAUCAGAACGGGAAACUCAGAUGGAGAUACAUCGGUCAUCCUUCAGUUACCAAAAAGGAACCAUUUAAACCAGUUGGUAUCACAACAGACAGUCAGAGUCGUAUCCUGACAACAGACGGUGACAACCAUUGUAUUCACAUUCUGGAUCAGGAUGGACAGUUUCUCCGCUACAUUGAUAACUGUGAUCUGGAGUAUCCGUGUGGUUUAUGUGUGGACAACAAUGACAAUCUGUUUGUAUCAGAAGUAAAGAAAGGCAAUGUAAAGAAAAUAAAAUUUCUCAGAUAGACACCAAAACUGAGUGAUAUAGAUUAAGCAAGACUAUUUCCAUGAAUUUGAUGAUUUGUUGUAAGUAAAGUUAACUUUGUUCAUAUCAGAGGUGCAGAACACAUGUAUUUCAUACUAUGUCUGAAUAAUUAUUUACAUUCAGUGUAAUUUAUUAUGAUUGUAUUGAAAAUCUGCGAUGUUCAAUUUCAUGUGAAUACACUUAGCCUAUUCAUGCGUCAAGACACAAAUAAAAAUCGUCAUCCCGCAUUUUGAGUUAUUGUACGACUAAAGGAAAUGUUCACACCUACAUAACUACUUUGAUAUUUACUUAUGAUAUAUGAUAUACUAUUGUAAUAGUAUAAUGCACACAGUACAAUACAUGUAAACUGAAGAUUACAAGAAAUCAUGCAUAGCAACCCGAUUAAUUAAUUGUCUUUGUUUGUACAAAGCAUGGUGGCGGUGAAUGGUUCAUCAAAAUUAGGCAUUUUAUCCACAGGGGUCAAGCCCGUUUUGAAUCUAUUAGGAUCCAAUAAUUAAUUACAGUGAUAUUCAAUCUAUUAGGAUCCAAUAAUUGUUUACAGCAUCUCAUACAUGUACACUGAUCAUGUGACACAGUAUUUUGCAAAUUUCGAAUUCACUUCAAGAGAAAGUGAUAUACUAGUGCAUUGUAUUUUCAUUGGGAGUUGAAAGGGGGAAAAGGAAUGGGAGGGGUGAUGAAGCCUUUGUCUAUUUUUUGAUACUAUGUUAGAUUUCUCCAGGGAUCACCGAGGUUCAGACUCGAACCCCCCCCCCAGCCCAUCAAUGCACAUAUUAUUUUAUGUCAGUGGACUUUCCUCCUCAGCAGAUUUAAAGAAACAGGCAGUUUUGUAACGUUAAAUAUCAGGAGACUCUGAAAAUCAUAAAAUUACAAAACAGCCGUUUCUCUAUUAGUUUAGCGACAUAAAUAACAAUUUAUUGUGUUAUGUUAUGUUAUUUAUAUCUCUGGUCUUAUCAGAGACAUUAAUAACAAUUUA